AUGGCAGCUAGUCUAGAAAGUCAAUUUGUUUCGAUUUCUUGUUGUAAUUCCUUUCUAAUGAUAGUCAGUAAGAGGUCUGAGCGGGACAUCAACAUCAUGCACCAAGAAGAAGAGACCAGGCGCAUUCCAAUAGGACAAUUGGAUGGAAAUUUGGAAAUCUUCCACAGGGAGAGGUGCAUCUGCGCGCACCUCCGACAGAAGCUUUUCUUCUGUACUAGCCUGCUCUUGCAGAAGCAUGAGAUGCUAUUUCACCGCAUACUAAUCACCUGCUUUGUUUUGCAUUCGGCAAUUCUAUGGUUGCACCAGCUUACUUUUAGGUAAACAUACCCAGCACAUGAAUUUCACUUGACAAGGAGUAGAAUGAAAUACUAGGUUGUUGCCUGCCACGACCAGUAAUAAAAGUGGCAAAAUAUAACUCUGGUGAGAGUACGUGCGUGAAUUUGUGCGGAGCGAUCUACGAGGAACCACUGCGGUAUUAGUUCUUUUUCUAUCAAACUGUCCCGGUGGUCCCCGAGUCGGAGCAGUCAAAACAUAACCUGUGACUCCGUCUUGAAACGUUUCUCAAGCAUGAUGAAUUUCGGUUCACUUCUGCAAAAACGCGCCUUGCCAGUAAGACCGCAAAUCCGCGCAGGAGCUACCCAGAAAAGUGCGAAAAAACCUAAAACCACAAGGCCGAGCGGGAGCGCGUUGUCUUGAAUAUAACAUACUCUAUUGAUUGAUUGCGCUUCUACAUGAGAGCGCUUCUACAUGAGAAACUUCUCAAGUUUUCCGCCGUGUUUUGGCAUAUUAAGGUUACG